GUGCGUGCCGACAUUUUAGUCGUUCAUGCGUUCAUGGUUCCUCGGUGAACGUGAGGACGGCAGGACGUCUGCGUCUCGUUUGCUCCCAUUUACUCCGGUCAGCUCCAGUCAGCUCCGGUUUCGGCGGUUUCGCGCUAGUUUGUCGGCCAAAGUAUCUUAGGCGUCGAGCAAAUCGAGCAAGUCGAGCACGUAACGCGUAUAUCUGGGCGUCGAGAGUCGAGAGAUCGGUCGUGGUCGCGUUCUCGUCCCAACGAGGAGGCGGAGGCGGAGGUUGCGGCUGCCACUGACGCGGUUCAACCAGACUAUUGACGCUGUAUCCACUACAGGAUACUUUCUCUUUCUCUCUCUGUCUCGUUCAUCGAUAAGGUUGCAACCAUGAGCUAUGGUUACAACAAAUACAGUUCCACCAUGAGUUCUCGUGGUCGUGGAUUUGGUUCUCGCGGAGGGGGUUCUUAUAGGGGUCGAGGUGGUGGCGGAGGAAACGAGUGGAAUGGUGGUUCGGCAGGAGGAAAUAUAUCCAGAGGAGGAUACUCAUCUUCCAGAGGUGGCAGAUUUAAAUAUUCAACGACGAGCUAUGAUUCUAGAUCUAAAUAUAAUUCAGGGUCGGAAAGAUAUUCAAGCAGAGGCGGACGUGGCGAACAUUCUAACAGUUAUAAAAGACCUCGUGAUUCAUAUUCUGCUAGAGAUGACCAUCGAUCGUCUAGCGAGUCGACGCGUAAAAGGAUAAGAAGUGAUUCUUAUCAGGGUGGAGGUAGCGGUUCACAGAGGUAUUCGUCGUACGGUUCAUCUGCAUCGGCGCCCUAUGACGAUAAUAAGGGAUCGUCAUCCACCGUAUACGAGGACAAGAGACCGAGCGAACGCGCGUCAUCGUACCACCGUUCCGAGGAUCGUCAUUCCGCCUCACGGAGCUAUGUGCCUCCGCCACCUCCUCGGAUUAGCGAAAUGGCACCGCCUCCGACUCAGAGAUACACCUCGAGUCGAGGAAGAAUAUCGCAUCAGAGCUCAAAUUACAGAGGUCGCAUUUCGACCCGCGGCACCGGUGGUAGAGGUGGUGCAUUUCAUCGUGUGAGCUCUCGAUCGGACGUCCUCAUGGCUCGCAAGCGUACUCUGCACUCGCUUGACUAUCGUCGAAAGCUGCUAGGCUCACGCUCGCGAGACUACAUCCAGCGUGUGCGCAUGACUACUACCAAACUACGCAGGAGUAGCGGUACUACUAGGCUACCCGGAAGUAAAAAGGACUCGGGAUCCGGGACCAGCGUGAAGGACAAGGAUAGAGAGAUGGCCAAAGCCAUUAAUGCAGAAUUUUCCGAUGACGAUGACGAGGAAGAUGAUAAUAAGAGUAAUUGGGACGACGAAGAAAAGCCGCACGAACGUGAUGAAGAGGAAGACUUGGAAGAGGAAGAGGAGAAAAAGAAAAAAGAGGACAAACGUAAGAAGGAAAAACAAGAUAGAGAAAGGCAACAUACCGAAGAUGAGGAAGAAAAAGAUGAUGAUAUUAAAGAGGAAGAUGAUGAUCAGAAGCGAGAAGAGGAUGAAGAUGACGAUGGUGAUGAUGAGGAACAUGAUGAGAAUGAAAAAGCGGAACGUGAUAGAACUGCAGAUUCCGAAGAAUUGCCGAGUAGACGGGACGGUAGAAAAUUCAUAAAAUUGAAAUGCCCGCAUUGCGCUCAUCACAGCGUCACGUUCAGAGAAUAUUCACUCCAUCUGUUCUCUGGCCGUCAUAGCGCGGCGAUGAAACGUAUCGCUGCUCGACAUAAGGUGACACUUACGCGUAUGCGAGUUGUUCAACGGCAAGAGCAAAGGCGUAUUGAGGCCCGCGAUGCGACACGUGGCACGUUACCCUCUCGUACUAUGUUUUGUGCCAUUUGCAAAUUAAAUUACCGAUCCUUGAAAGCUGCUCAUCAGCUGUCCGAAUCUCAUCGUCAAAUGAAACGAUUCCUCACACCAUUCUGUCGUGUUUGUCGUAUCCAAUUCCGUUCACCAAUGUUCUUUGAGACACAUAUGUGUUCGCUAGAGCACAUCAAGAGAAAGAGUAUACUGAGAGAAAGAAUGAAUGCAAAUGGAAGUGGCGAAGCAGAGGCGGAUUCGAGUGCGCCAGAAGAAGAUGAUAAAGAAGUUAAUCUUGAUAAUUUCAUGACUUUGGAUUCUGUAGGUGAUGUAGACGAAGACGAAGAGUCCAACGACAAGAAAAAAGAAAAGGCCGAGGGUGAGAGUUCGAGCGAAACUGAGAAAAAAUCGAAAGGCAAACAAAUGAUAAAAGUCGGUGCGGAAUACAUAAAACGUGUCGAAGUACAAUAUUGCGAGUUAUGCAAAGUAUAUCUGCCACGCAGCGAAAACAUAGAGCGGGCAGUCGCUUUACAUUGUUCUACUCGCAGUCAUCUUAAACGGUACGUGCGAGACAAUGACGACAAGGCACUUAGACGUCAAGCGGAAAGGAUACAUCUUCAAUCGUCAUCUGCAACGAAUGUGAAUUCUACCAAUUCCACCGUGACUAAUAGUACAUCGGACAACGCGAAGACUCCUCCCGUCACGUCCGAUCCACAAGUAUCUGCUACACCAGUGUCUACUGCAGCUGAUAAUAAUGGCGUUUCCGGCCCAGAAUACAUAACAAUUGAAGAAGAAAAAUCUAGUAACUUAGAUUCUGAAAAGAACGCGAAAGACAGUAAGAAUAAUCAGGGGGAUGAAGACGACGAUAAAAUUAUUUGGGACGAUGUUGACAAGGAUUUAGGUGACAUUUUAAGAGAAAGCGAGGCAGGAGCAUCGAAAUCGAGCGACGAUGAGGAUUCGCGUUACGAUCGUUUUCGCAAUUCAGACAAGAAGCAGCCCGGAAAAGAAAAAGAAAACGAGAAGAGUGAAAUCCUCGAAGAUAAAAGCGGUAAUAAUAAAAUUAAAGAUGUUAAAAAUUAAGCUCGAACAGACGAAUGUGUUGUAUCGUCGAGAAUCAUCUUUUGCUGUACAUCUUCAAUUUAUUUGACCCAUUUUCAGAUUAUUUUUGAGAUUAUGUUCUUCUAAAUCUCGUUCUAAUAAUUAUUUUUAUCAUGGAUCAUGCGAAUAUACAUUUAUCGAAUUAUCUUUUAUUUAAUUAAACAAAAAUAAUUUUUGUACGUAAUAUACCGCACGUGCAAAAUAUUUGUUUAUUAUUACGUGUUUCUUCCGUAUUAUAUUUUCUUCUUCGUUUGAAAAUAUGUGUUAAUUACAAUGUAUUUAAGUCUCACAAUUUUCAAUUUAUGUAAUUUUAACAUAUAAGUAUUGUAUCAUUGAUAUAAUCAUAUGCGUUGCCGAGGUAUCAGUGACAUUGUCCAAACGUAAUUAUACAUAUACAUGAAAUAAUUAAAUAUGCAAAUUUCAAUUUUCAGUUGUUAGCGUGGAGAAAAGCGUGUGCGCCUGAUCAAUCUCGUGUAGAUCUCAUGUAAGCACAAUUUAACUAUAGGUUUUAUUGAUCGUAAUAAAUUCCGCACUCUCUAGGA